CUUUACUCUAGUACACUGUUGAAUAGUGGUGACCCAACGGGAACGAAAGGCAACGAAUCAUAUCCUUAUCCCGCAAGAUUACACACGCUAUCGUCAACUACCUUCUAUUCCACUCAACUCAGCCUUUGGUCGGAAAUUUAGCUGACUCAACUAUCCACUUAAAUUAUGGCUUUCUCUUCCCCACUCUUCUCUCCCGUUAACUUCACCUUAAACCCCCAAAUCCAUCACACUAAACCAAACAACACUCGCCGUAACUUCACCAUCUCUGCCCUCCCCCCACUCUCCACCGCCACCACCGACAUCUCCGCCUUAGACAGCACAACACUCGCCGUACUCGGCGGCAGUUCUGUGGCAGCACUCGCCGCUAUCCUCUCACUAGCCGACCCUGAGAGGCGGCGACAGCUGCAAGCUGAGGAAGUAGGGGGUGGUGAUAAGGAAGUAGUGAGAGAGUAUUUUAAUAAUAAUGGGUUUCAGAGAUGGAAGAAGAUAUAUGGUGAUACUGAUGAUGUUAAUAAAGUGCAAAUGGAUAUUAGAUUGGGACAUUCUAAAACUGUUGAGAAUGUUAUGAAAAUGUUGACUGAAGAAGGAUCUUUGAAGGGAGUUACUGUAUGUGAUGCUGGUUGUGGGACCGGGUGUUUGUCGAUUCCAUUAGCUAAAGAAGGUGCUGUUGUAUCAGCUAGUGAUAUUUCUGCUUCCAUGGUCGCUGAAGCCCAAAAACAGGCACAAGAGGAGUUGUUCAAGGCUAAGGAUGACCAGUCCCCAGCACCAGUAAUGCCAAAAUUUGAAGUGAAGGACUUGGAGAGUUUGGAUGGGAAGUAUGACACUGUGGUCUGCUUAGAUGUUAUGAUACAUUACCCACAAAGUAAGGCUGAUGGUAUGAUUUCUCAUCUUGCGUCAUUGGCUGAGAAUCGUUUGAUCAUUAGCUUCGCCCCGAAGACAUUCUAUUAUGAUUUGUUAAAAAGAAUCGGAGAGUUGUUCCCUGGACCUUCAAAGGCUACACGAGCAUAUCUACAUGCAGAGGCUGAUGUGGAGAGGGCACUGCAAAAAGCUGGGUGGAAGAUAAGGAAGAGAGGCUUGAUUGCCACACAAUUUUACUUUGCAAAGCUUAUUGAGGCUGUCCCUGCUUAGGAUUGAAAGGCAAGUGAGAUCUCAUUUGUUUGCCAUGUUUCUUCGCUGCUGUUUAGAGAUUAGGAAGUCCGUUGAGUGUUUAUUAUGAAUGCGUUAUCUCACUCCUCAGUUUCUAACUUGUAUAAUAGUUUACAAUGUAUCUAAAUUCUGCUUCUGACUUGGAAAUUUUUUGUCGAUAUUAUUAAUAUAUCACGAAAUGUAAAUUUAGUCAUCAUUUGGUGGCUUUAUUCGUUUUCGUCCUUAA